AUGAGUUACGGCAAAAAGGACGAAGACGCCGACCUCGGUUUGGUCAAGGUGGACCGCACUCAGGUCUUCCAGGAAGCACGACUCUUCAACUCGUCCCCGAUCCAACCUCGAAGAUGUCGCAUUCUCCUCACAAAGAUCGCCCUCCUCCUCUACACGGGUGAAAAGUUCCCUACCAACGAAGCCACCACCCUCUUCUUUGGCAUCUCCAAGCUGUUCCAGAACAAGGAUGCCUCCCUCCGCCAGAUGGUCCACCUUGUCAUCAAGGAGCUUGCCAACUCGGCCGAGGACAUUAUUAUGGUCACUAGCACCAUUAUGAAGGAUACUGGAGGCAGCACCGAUGCUAUUUACCGACCCAACGCUAUCCGCGCCCUCUGCCGCAUCAUUGAUGCCACGACUGUCCAAUCGAUCGAGCGAGUGAUGAAGACUGCGAUCGUCGAUAAGAACCCCUCGGUUUCUUCUGCCGCCCUCGUCUCCUCCUACCACCUUCUCCCGAUCGCCAAGGAUGUUGUUCGACGAUGGCAGAGCGAGACUCAGGAGGCCGCUGCCUCUAGCAAGUCGUCUGGCGGCUUCUCCCUAGGAUUCUCCACCUCGAGCAGCCAGAUCCCCAUGAACCACUCGACCAUGGCGCAAUACCACGCUGUCGGACUUUUGUAUCAGAUGCGCUCGCACGACCGAAUGGCCCUUGUCAAGAUGGUUCAGCAGUUUGGCGCAGCUGGUGCGCUCAAGAGCCCCGCUGCUAUUGUCAUGCUUGUUCGACUUGCUGCGCAGCUUGCUGAGGAGGAUCCUUCGCUGAGGAAGCCCAUGAUGCAACUUCUCGACGGCUGGUUGCGACACAAGAGCGAGAUGGUCAACUUCGAGGCUGCCAAGGCUAUCUGCGACAUGCGAGAUGUGACCGACGCCGAGGUGUCGCAAGCUGUCCAUGUCCUCCAGCUGUUCUUGACCUCCCCUCGUGCCGUCACCAAGUUCGCUGCUCUGCGCAUCCUCCACAACUUUGCCAGUUUCAAGCCUACCGCCGUCCACGUCUGCAACCCCGAUAUCGAGCUCCUCAUCUCCAACAGCAACCGAUCGAUCGCCACAUUCGCCAUCACCACUCUGCUCAAGACGGGCAACGAGGCUAGCGUCGACCGAUUAAUGAAGCAGAUCUCCACCUUCAUGUCUGAGAUUACCGACGAGUUCAAGAUUACGAUUGUUGAGGCUAUCCGAACAUUGUGUCUCAAGUUCCCCAGCAAGCAGGCCGGCAUGCUCACCUUCCUUAGUGGGAUCCUGCGUGAUGAGGGCGGCUAUGAGUUCAAGAGGGCUGUCGUUGAGAGCAUGUUUGACCUGAUCAAGUUUGUUCCCGACUCCAAGGAGGAUGCUCUCGCCCACCUGUGCGAGUUCAUUGAGGACUGCGAGUUCACCAAGUUGGCUGUCCGAAUUCUCCAUCUUAUCGGUCUCAAGGGUCCCAAGACUGCCCAGCCCACCAAGUACAUCCGAUACAUCUACAACCGAGUGGUGCUUGAGAAUGCGAUUGUGCGAGCUGCCGCUGUCACCGCCCUUGCCAAGUUUGGUGUUGGCCAGAAGGAUCCCGAGGUCAAGAGCAGUGUCCGUGUUCUCCUCACUCGAUGCUUGGAUGACGUCGAUGAUGAGGUUCGCGACCGUGCCGCUCUCAACCUGAAGCUCAUGGCCGAAGAGGACGACGAGAUGGCUGCUCGAUUUGUCAAGAACGAGAACAUGUUCUCCCUUCCUUUCUUCGAGCAGCAACUUGUCCUGUAUGUCACCUCGGAUGACAAGUCUGCUUUCGACAGCCCCUUCGAUAUCUCCAAGAUCCCUAUUGUCACCCGGGAACAGGCCGAUGCCGAGGACCGUACCAAGAAGCUCAUCGCCACCACACCUACCCUCAAGGCCCCCAAGGUCGGCCCCACCAAGGCCUCUGGAGCCGAGGCUGUGGCAUCUGCUACUGCCCAAGCUCAGCGAUAUGCCCAGGAGCUGCUGGAGAUUCCUGAGAUGAAGGAGUUUGGCAGCGUGCUCAAGUCGUCGCCUCUGCUUGAGCUCACUGAGGCUGAGACUGAAUACGUCGUCACUCUGGUCAAGCACAUCUUCAAGGAGCACAUUGUCCUUCAGUAUGAGGUCAAGAACACUCUGCCCGACACUGUCCUUGAGAACGUCUCUGUCGUCGCCACCCCCUCGGACGACGAGGAGCUCGAGGAGGUCUUUAUCAUCCAGGCCGAGAAGCUUCCGACCGACCAGCCUGGCAAGGUGUAUGUGGCCUUCAAGAAGAUUAACGGCGAGGGCUCUCUGCCCAUCUCUACCUUUUCCAACAUCCUUCGAUUCACCAGCAAGGAGAUUGACCCCUCCACAAAUGAGCCCGAGGAGACUGGCUACGAUGACGAGUACGAGGUGGCCGAGUUCGACCUUACUGGUAGCGAUUACGUGAUUCCCACAUUCGCUGGCAACUUUAGCCACAUCUGGGAGCAGGUUGGCGCUUCCGGCGAGGAGGCAACAGAGACCCUCCAGCUUAGCGGCAUGUCCAGCAUUGCAGAGGCUACGGAGCAGCUCACCAAGGCUCUCUCUCUGCAGCCCCUGGAGGGCACCGAUGUCCCCGUCAACCAGACUACUCACACGCUCAAGCUUCUGGGCAAGACUGUUGGUGGCGGCCGGGUAGUUGCCACCGUGCGGAUGGCAUUCUCUUCAAAAACGGGUGUGACGACCAAGAUCACGGUGCGAAGCGAGGAGGAGAACGUCGCCGCGCUGGUUGUCGCGUCGGUGGCUUAA